AUGGCCUCCCCGGCUGUCAAGAAAGCAAUCUCCGAGGCUGCGCUGCAGUAUACAAAGCCCGAAGGAAAGGUUUUUGAAUAUGGUACCGCAGGGUUUCGCAUGAAAGCUGACCUCCUCAACACCGUUGUCUUUGCCGUUGGCCUGCUAGCUGGUCUGCGUUCUAAGAAGCUUAGCGGCCAAUGGAUCGGUGUUAUGGUGACUGCGAGCCACAACCCCGCGGAGGACAAUGGAGUCAAGCUGGUUGACCCGAUGGGCGAGAUGCUUGAAGCUGAAUGGGAGACAUAUGCAACCCGCCUGGCCAAUGCCCCGCUCGAGUCCAUCGCCGAUGUCUACGAUCAACUUGUGAAGGAGAUCGAUGUUAAGGUAACUAACCCGGCCCGCGUGGUCUAUGCCCGCGAUACUCGUGCCUCCGGUUCUCGUCUCGUGGGUGUGCUCAGCGCUGCCAUGACUGCAACUGAGGUCGAGUUCAUCGACUUCAAGUAUAUGACCACCCCUCAACUCCACUACGUUGUGCGCUGCAAGAACACUCUCGGAACACAAUACGCAUACGGAGAGCCUUCCGAGGAGGGUUACUACGACAAGCUUACGAAGUCCUUCAAGAAGGUUAUGCGGGGAGUUAAGGUUCAGGGUUCCUUGACUGUCGACUGUGCCAACGGUGUGGGUGGCCCUAAGUUGCGGGAGUUGAUCAAGGUCCUAGAUUCCGGACUCGAGAUUAAGGUUAUCAACGAUGAUGUGAUCAACCCUGACAGCCUGAACUUCGAUUGCGGUGCCGACUAUGUUAAGACAAAGCAACGUGCCCCUCCCUCUUCUAAGGCUGUCGCCCUCGAUCGCUGUGCCUCUCUGGAUGGUGAUGCUGACCGUCUGGUUUACUACUUCUCCGACGAGAGCAACGUCUUCCGUUUGCUUGAUGGUGAUCGCAUUGCUACCCUCGCCGCUUCUUUCAUUGGCGACCUUGCCCGCAACGCCGGUAUUGCCCAAAAGUUGAAGAUUGGUGUUGUUCAAACAGCAUACGCCAACGGCGCCUCCACCGACUACAUUGAGAAGGUGCUGAAGCUCCCCAUCAUCUGCACAAACACCGGUGUCAAGCACCUUCACCACGCCGCUCUCCGAUUCGACGUCGGAGUCUACUUCGAGGCUAACGGACACGGUACCGUCACUUUCUCAGAGAAUGCCAUGAAGGUUAUCAACAACACCGAGCCUCAGUCCCCGGCUCAGAAGAGUGCCCUGGAAACUCUCCAGGCUCUUACCGAUCUGAUUAACCAGGCUGUCGGUGACGCCCUCUCUGACAUGUUGCUCGUUGAGGCAAUCCUUGCCCACAAGGGCUGGAGCCCCAAGGAGUGGCUGGGCACCUACACUGACCUGCCCUCUCGCCUUGUGCGAGUUGAGGUCAAGGACCGCUCGAUCUUCAAGGCUUACGAUGCCGAGCGCAAGCUUGAGUCUCCUGCCGGUCUCCAGGCCAAGGUCGAGUCUCUGCAGUCCCGGUACAACAAGGGCCGCAGCUUUGCCCGUGCCAGUGGCACUGAAGAUGCUGUCCGUGUCUACGCUGAGGCCGCUAGCCGGUCUGAGGCGGAUGAUCUUGCUACUCGCGUCGCCAAUGCCGUUCGCGAGGCGGGCAGCUCCGAUGGCCAGCAGUGA